CAAAAAACAGCCAUGGCCAACGACGUGACCAAAGAUCCAACACCCAAAUCUGACAUUGUGGAGGAUAUUUACUUAUGGAGGAGGAAGAAACUGGCCUUCUCUACACUCCUGGUCUCAACAUCGACAUGGAUUUUACUUAGCUUUUAUGGUUUCACUACCAUAACCAUUGUAUCUUGGAUCGGCAUCGCAGUCGUCUCUAUGAUUUUCCUCUGGGGGAGUUUACUUCGCCUUCUCAGCAAGGUCGAACCGGAACUAUCAGGAUUAGAAGUAUCGGAGGAGUUUGUAGUGGAGACAGUGAGGUCUUGUCGGAUGCUAAUGGAAGAAAUGGUUAGAUGGAUGUUUCGAGUCGGUGCUGAGAGUGAAUGGUUUGUUUUCGCGAGAACCGUUUUAGGUUUUUGGAUCUUGUCAAGAAUUGGGAACCUUCUCGAUUUCCAUACUUGUCUCUUCAUCGGUUUGGUGAUGGGGUUGACGGUUCCAAAGUUGUGGGAAGAGUACGGAGAUCAAAUACAGAAGCAUUUGGGUAGCCUUAAAGAUAAAUCGAAGGGAGCGUAUAAUACAACUCAUGAGAAGAUUUUGGAAAUGAAGAAUAAGUUACACCAUGGUACAGAAGAGAAAGUGAAAAAAUCAGAGUAGAUUUUACUUGUCUUUUACUGUAAAAUAUAUGUGUUACAAGUUACAUAUAUGUAAAUUGUAACCAAA